GUGCCUGCCUCAGCUGCCGCCGUUGCAAGACAUUGUGGAUAACUGCUCCUCUGCCUCUUCGGGAGCGAGUUCCUCGACGGAAAGCUCUUGUCUUCCUCAUGCUGAUAUCGAACCGACAUGGCCGCGGCCGAUGGAUUUGGACAUAAAAAAGGUUUCUGCGAAAGCGACUUGGGAAGGGCAUAGCCUGACCGGCCUCGAGCUCGAUGCCUCUGUUGCUGUGCUUCGGGACGACUUGACGGGUCAGAUCAAGCAAUCCCUCGCCGAGCUGCGAGAAGAGGUCAUUUCCCAGUUGGAUGAGCUUCGAGGGGAGCUGACCAGCGGGCUAGAUGCUGAGCAGGAAGCACGGGAUUUAGAUAUGGCUCAGAUGGAGGACGGUAUAAUGCGGCAGAUAAGCGAGGCGAGCAUUGCUAUUACCUUUGAUGAUGCGCCGCUGAGAGCUUCCUUAUCAUUCCCCGACCAUCCCUUCUGGUAGAAGACAUAUCUGAGGCAUUUGCCUUGCUGAAGCCCUUUCAGGUGGUUGGUGAGUUCCCUUUUACUGUCGGCACCGAUGGGUGCCUUGAUGAAGAACCAGAGAUCAACAGCCAUACUGGCUGAAAGACAGGAAGGGGCUGGUGCAAAUAACAAGGACUGUAUUGUAUUAU